GCGUUUUGGAACAACAAAAAGAAAAGCUGGCAGAAGAAGUAGAAGAGAAGAAGAAGGUAUUGUACUGAGUGGGAGGUGGUUUCGUCGAUACAUGAGGGCUGAGUGAGGUUAUAUUUCCAGCUUCUCAUCACACAAGAGGAGGAAAUAAAGAAAAUAACACAGGAAAUGGAUUCAUUGGUGAAUGAAAAUAGGAAAAUUAAUGAAGAACUCCAGAAAGCUGCGGAAGAAGAGAAAGAGAGAUCCAAACGUAUCGAGGAACUGACCCUCACAGCCGAGACGCUGGUGAAGAAGACGGAGGAGGCAGAGAACUGUCUGAAGAACAUCAAAGAGACAUCUGAUGAGAAGAUCAGAGACCUCACGACCACCAUAGAGGGGCUGAACAAGGAAUUGGACUCUAAAGCGAUGACCAUCACCCAGCUGAUGUCGGAACUGAAGACCAGCACUGAUGUGAGAUCCAAGUUGGAGACCACGCUGCAGAGACUCAGGAAGGAGAGCGAGAUAGAGAGAGAGAAAACUACGGAGAAAGAGAGAUUACAGAGCAGGAGGAUUGAACAGCUGGAAGAAACUGUUAGGGACAGAGAAGAGGAACUCACCAAACACGUCCUGGACAGCAGAGCCGAGAAGGAGCAUCUCCAGGAGAAGAUCCAAGGUAUGCAGAACACUAUUGACAAUAUACAAAAGGAGCUGACAGGUCGUCCAGCUGUUGUAGAGAAUAGGAUCCAGCCGGAGCAGGACGACAACGCCGUCAUGCUGACGCCUGGACAGAAGAAGCCCCAGGCUCCUCUAUCCCCUAUAAUACAGAAGAAGGGCGGAUUCCUGGUGCCCCAAAACGAGCUCAAGCAGCGCGACUCUAUGCUGUAUAAUCUAUUCAGCGACAGCAGCAUGGAAGGAGACACUCUCGAUGCCUCGGAAGUGAACCGUCGCUUCGAGGCCCUGUCUCGAGGGGAACGCGUCUCCCCCAUGCCUCUGACGGCCCUCAAGCGUCGGGGCGGAGUCUCCGCACCGCACACCUCGCUUAAAUACCGAACGCCUAUUAACAGCAAAGGCGCUAUUUCUCUGUCACAAGCUAAGAACGAUAUGAAUAAAGAAAGAAGCUUCUUUAAGAACAAACGGCUUGAAAAUAAAACUAAGAAAAAUAAAUAAUUAUUAAACAUUUCCUAUUCAUCAGCUCGUUCUGGAUAUUAAAGCUUCCUUACUCUUUCGUUACUUGUUUCUUUAAUCACACAUUGAGAAGUGAUUGUGAGUUGAGUUGCAAUAAAUAUU